UCUGAUUGGGCUGGGGUCGGUGACGCCAGGAUCGGCAGGCCUAGAGCCCAAUGGGGAGGCGCCGAUCUUGCCGUGUUCUGAGCAGGACAUUUCCUCCUCGUUUGAAGCGCCUCGGGCGAGGGAGGGAGAGGGAGAGGGAGAGUCCCGCUUGGCUGCCCCGGAGAGUCACCCGUCGGCGCCCGCUUGGCCGGCGUGCCUGCCUGGCUGCUCUUUCUGGACAAGGCCCAUUGCUUCCAGCAGGGAGGAAAAACCGAAGGAGCCGGCUAAGCAGGACAAUCAUGACCUUGCGAGCCUGUGGCUUGAUUAUCUUCAGGAAGCUGCAUGAGGCAACAUCUGCUUCUGAUGCUGGGAACAAUAUUGAGUACCUUCUCCUGCAGACAUCCUAUGGGACUCAUCACUGGACCCCUCCAAAAGGCCAUGUUGAUCCUGGGGAAGAUGACCGGCAGACCGCCCUCCGGGAGACGCAGGAGGAGGCUGGGCUGGACUCCACUCACUUCACCAUUGUUGACGGCUUUAAGAAGGAACUGAGCUACAAUGUAAAUGGCAAGCCCAAAACUGUCAUCUACUGGCUAGCUGAAAUGAAGGACAGUAACACAGAGGUCAGACUCUCGUCGGAGCACCAGGCCUUUUGUUGGCUGACCCUUAGUGAAGCCUGCAAGCUUGCGAAGUACGAAGAAAUGCAAAGUGCCUUCAAAGAGGCACAUCAUUUUCUCUGCUCCAAAACGUGAAUGCUCUGGGGGAAUGCAAGAUUGUUUUUAGCUGAAAUUUCACUGCUAAUUCCAUAGAAAUAAAAGCAGAGAAUACUGGGGGGAAAUGCAAAUCUUCUGCAGAUGUAUUGUAAUUGUGUCAAGCUGCUUAGAGUGUGGAUGCUUCUGUUUCCCUGUAUUCUUACAGAGGGGCAUUUAGCAUGAACAGAAUUCAAAACUAGCCUCAAGAAGGCUUUUUACCAACUUCUAAGUCUCUAACACUAGGCAUUGACAAUAGGCAAACCAGGAGCCGGAUGCAUUUGGAGUUUAUGGAACCCUGUAAUGUCCAUAGAGGAGAGAUUUAGCAAUUACUAUUAGACACUCUAACUAAGUGGAUGGUUCAGAGGAGGCAUAUUCCUUUUGAGUGCUGCAUGGUGGGAAACUGAUGUGGACAGCAUCCUGGUCACUGCUGUGGCUGCUUGUGAACGUUCCGUAGGCAUUUUGGUGACCUUGUUUAUGUUAGAAACAAUGCUGGACUAAAUGGGCCUUUGGUCUGACCCAGCAAGGCAGUUUCCUAGAUAUUUGUGUAAGCUCUCUGCAAUGUUUGCAGGGCUAUGCGGGGUUGCCUGUAUGUGAUAAAGAGUGUUCAUGUGGACAGAAAGCUAACCAUUUUCCAGAUCCUGUCAUCCUUUUCUUAAUACCUUUAUAGGCUUCGAUCUCUGCUUUUGAGCCAGUGUGGCAUAGUGGUUAGUGUGUCAGACUAGGAGCAGGGAGACCCACACAGACCUUGGGCCAAUCACUGCCUCUCAGCCUAACCUACCUCAGAGGAUUGUUGUGAAGAUAAACAGGUAAGAAUAUAAAAAGAGCCCAGCUGCUGGAUCAGCCCAGUGGCCCAUCUAGUCCAUCAUCCUGUUCUCACAGUGGCCAGCCAGAUGCCCAUUAUGGGGAGUCCGCAAGCAGGACCUGAGCACAAGAGCAUUCUCCCCUCCUGCGGUUUCCAGUGACCGGUUUUCAACAAUGCAGCCAUCCUGGAGGUCAAUGCACGUCACGCCUGCAGGCAGCAUCUAUCGAAGUUGCUGCCUUAAAAGAUGGUGGCCAGCAGCAGCCACAACACUCAGGUGUGUGACCUUGUCACAGCAGAACUCUUGCCUCCUGUGUUGUUGCUUACACCCGUAUAGUUUUGUAACUAGGGAGUAUGUGGUGCAGGACACAGUCCGCACGGUGGCACUAGACAGCCUCGUCCCACUGCUGCCUCCUGGCCAUAACUGGCCAGCAGCAUGCCUGGACCUGACUGCACAUAAGAGAGGUGCAGGGCAAGUGUGUUGUGGGAUCCCAUUGGCCUUAGUUACUUCUGCAAGAGCUUGGGAUUAUUUUCUUCCAGGAGGCGGUUACAGUGACCAAGUUCCAGAGCUAGUGGGCUGUAGCCUGUCCUCAGUAAAAACCUUAGAGUGAUUAGAUGCACAGCACAGCCGGGAGGCAGCAUGCUCCUUGCAGCUCCUUUUUGUCCUUUAGAAAACUCACUGAGCCCCCACUUUGUUCGCAGUAACUUGAAGAAGCUUAGUGUCAGGGAGGGGGAAACCUCGGCUGCCCCAGUACAAUGACCGACACAAAACUGCAGUAUGUGGUAUGAGAAAUUGUGUGUAUUUUUUUUAAAAAAAAAAUCCCAUUCACAUUUAGUCUUUUAUUCUGAGCCACAUUUUUAACAGACUAUAUUUGAGCGCAGGCAGACGGUGGCAGCGUGGAUUUAGUGACAUCCAGAAGAGUCAAGCAAAGAGUAGUGCCAUAGUUUAAUUAAUACACAGUGAGAGGGACUAGGAACCAGAGUCGUUCACAGUAGAAUCGUUCCAUUGCUUUUCUUAGGAUAUCAUUGUAUCACUGUGGAGCUAAUAGUGCAUGCUGCUUUCAGAAGCCUCAUCUUGUCCUUGAAAAUCUGAGAUGAGUGAAGCAAGUUACUAGUCCUUAAGAAUACCUGACUCUUCCUUGCCCAAUCCCCUUUGCUCGUGGGGUCCUAACUGCUCACCUUUCAUGCAAAUGGGCCACCCCUGUGAGGACUAUUCCAACUUAGCAUGGCAAGCAUAACCUAGCCUAGCCCUUGGUUACUUCUUAAUGCAGGCUACAACAUGGGCACCUACUUGUACAUUUUAGACACAUUAAAACUCUCUGCCUACCAGCAUAACUGCAAGCCAAAUGUUGAUCAUAAACAGUUAUCUCAAGGUUACCUGUUUUCUUAUCAGGACUGUUAUUCUAAGGGAGGGCCGUACAACCAAGCCCUGACCACAGUAUGAAGGUCCCUGCCAGAAAGCCUUGAUCUGAAAGCAGAUUCAGAGCCGGCUCAGAUCACAUCUGGCAUAGCUGAUAGCUCAUGUUGUCAAAGAGCGGGGUGAUGGUUCCGUCCUUCCAUUCGAUCAAGAUCUCGCCAUGCUUCAAUGAAGGACAGGGGGACGUGGGAAUUAUCUGCGUCUUGGGGCUGGUGCUGGGUGACCCAGGUAAGGGAAGGCUCUCCUCGUGAACCACCUGGCAGCUCUUCAAAGGUGAGAGCUGCUGUUUCUUCUUCCUUAGGUGGGAAGAAGAAGGAGGUUUCACUUUGAAAUUCUUAAAGAGAUCUAGAAAGGGAUUUCCCAGCAGCAGAGUUGCCUGUUGGAUAGGCUAACCAAGUGAAUGGAUUCUUAAAAUGUUAAGUGGUGCCAAUUUGAGGUGGCCAUUAAGCUUAACUGAUGGAUUGAUUGAGAAAUUCCCAUUUGACAGACACCCCCUCUCCCCAUCUUACCUGUUGUGCUGGAUGUUAAGCAAGAGUAUGAUCACCCCCAGGAUAAAGGCCAGCGGACUCAGGACAAGCAUCAGUAUCUUCCAGUUCAUAC